AUGAAAACAUCAAUAAAAAACAAUCCCAUAACUGGGAAUUCUGUUUGUAAAAUGUAAUAUAGAGGCAAAAUUACAUUUACUACUCAUGAUAAUAUAUAAAAUUCAUGCAUAGUGAAGAGUAUUCCUUUGAAUAAAACUCCUAACAGACAUAAAAUCCCAGAUCAUUCUAAUGAGGAUUUUUAUCCAUAAGAUGAUUCAUAUAAGAAAAGAGAUUUAAGAAAGACUCUAAGUACAUUUCAACCGAAAGAAAAUAUGAAAGAUCCUUUAAGUAGAAAAAUAUCAGAUAUUUAUGGAUAAGAAAUAAAAGUGUCACGUUCACCAAUAAAAUAAUAAUAAUAAUCAGUAACAGUAUCACCUUAGAAAAGAAGAAUAAUGGAUAAUAAAAGUUAGCAUAUUAAUUAAAAUGAUAUUUAUGAAGUGAAUUUAAAUCAAAAUAAAGAUAAGACUCUACCAUCAGAUGUUAAUUGGUUUUAUGUUGAUACAAUCAAACAUAGACAUGAUUAUAAAAUUGAAUAGAUAAAUUCUGGUCGUUCUUCUUAAAAAGAUUAGAGAAGUGUGUUAGAUCAAAAUAAUAAAAAUAUUACAUAAAAUAAUUAUUACUAAAAAUAGAAUGAAAAGCUCUCUAAAAAAUAAGAAGCUGUACUUUAAAAUACUUAUUUGAGAGCAAUCAAAAGAUCAGAAUUGGUAAAGAAAAAUAAAUGA